AUGGCCAGAAUAGCAUUCUCGCAAUUCUUCACCGUCAGAGGCCUGCCACGAUUGAUCCUCAUCGACGAAGGCAGCGAAAACAAAGAUCAAUUUACAGCCCUAUGCGACACGAUUGGAAUUGCAUACCACACGGUCAGUCCGGAAAACCACGACGGAAUGCUAUGUGAAAGAUUCCACAAAUACCUCAACAAAGUGCAACGAAUCGGAGCAGCCGACAUGAACACGUACAAAGAAUGGGCAAUGAACACCAUGUUUGGAACAUACGCAUGGAACGCAGCCCCAGUAGAUGGCACGGAUAUCCAACGAGCAUUCGCAGCAGUGGCACGACACUUCAAAUUCCCACUAGACAACGCAGCAGCGGCACUGUCAAUAUCGGAGGCGCGUCAGAAAAACAGGACACGACACCAGCAAACGCCAGGACAGAACACAUUAGAGCACAUCGAGACAAUGUUCCCACUCUUCUGA